AUAUUCCAUGUACACGCAUUCUCCUAGCCGAAGAGUAGGGGAUAUCUGCAUUCUUCAAGCUUAUUAAACCACAACUCCCAGCAUUCCUCGCUCUUUCGCGGGGCUGCCGGGAGUUGUAGUUGAAGGCGCUUCUAAGGCGACGGGGGUUUCCAAUGGUCGGCCCGCGCCAGUCCUUCCUCUUCCUUGAAAACGUUGUCUCUAAGCCGAGGCGUCGGAACAUGGGAAAUAGAAAGGCGCGCGCUUGCGCGAAUGACGUUGACGUCGCCGCCGGGUUCGGUGUCACGGGUUUCUGCGUGAAGGAGGCGGAGCUCUGGAGGGGGAAAAAAAAAACCUGGAGGGGGCAGGGAGAGAAGAAGGUCUGGCUGGAUAAGGUGACGGCCGCGGGGUGGGGGGGCAGCUGUGGUAUCCUUCCCCCUGCCCCUCGCCCGCGGGAGUGCCCGGGUCUUUCAGCCGCCGCCUUUUCUCUGCGACCGUACCCUCACGCAGCCUGCAGCGUUCGCUUUCCUGUGGGGCGAGGGGCCGCCGGGCCUGCUCCCCGUCUCCCCCUUUCAACGCCAUCCUCCCGUCUUCACGCGGCAGGGCCAAGGAGCAUCUCGGGUCUCCGGUGAAAAUCGAGAACCUGGACCAUCACCCCUCUCCCUCGGCGGCUUGGGCCCGAAGCCUCCAGUCUGGGGGAAUUCUACUCCUUCCUUUCUCCCCCCCCCCCACUCGCGCGCCUUAAUUCUGCCCCACAGGCAAUAAAAGAAUUCUAAUGGGAGCACUGUUCUGAAAUUCAGUUUUGCUGGAUGCCAUUAUGGAUGAACAGCAAGCUUUGAAUUCAAUCAUGCAGGAUUUGGCAGUUCUUCAUAAGGCAAGUCGUCCUACUUUGCCACUUCAAGAAAUGGGAAAGGGAAAGUUAACUUCACCCAAAAAACAGAAUGAUGUACGAGUCAAAUUUGAACAUCGAGGAGAAAAAAGAAUCCUACAGUUUUCUAGACCUAUCAAGCUAGAAGAUCUUGCAUCAAAAGCUAAAGUUGCCUUUGGACAGUCCAUGAAUUUGUAUUACAGCAAUAAUGAGCUGGUAAUUCCAUUAGCUAUCCAGGAUGAUCUGGACAAAGCUGUGGAGCUCCUUGAUCGCAGUGUUCACAUGAAGAGCCUAAAGAUACUGCUUGUUGCUCAUGGAAACACACAGAAUAACAUGGAUCCCUUGUCAUCAUUAGAAGAUUUGGAUAAUACAGUUUUCAGAGUGACAGAAAAGAAAAACAGGAAUUCUGUAAUAGGUUAUACUCGUGACAGCAGCUCUCCUCCUCCUGGAUACAUUCCAGAUGAUCAUGUGGCACGGAAUGGAUCAUUCACUAGUAUCAAUAGUGAGGGCGAGUUCAUUCCAGAAAAAGACUUAAUGUUGGAUCCAUUAUCACUAAGUAGCCCUGAAAAUUCUGGCUCAGGAAGUUGUCCUUCACUUGAUAGCCCUUUAGAUGGAGAGAACUACCCUAAGUCCCGGAUGCCAAGAGCUCAGAGCUAUCCUGAUAACCAUCAAGAAUUCUCUGAUUAUGACCUUCCAAUAUUUGAAAAGUUUGUCAAAGGUGGAACUUAUCCUCGGUAUCAUAUUUCAUACCAACAUCAAGAAUACAAUGAUGGUCGUAAAACUUUUCCAAGAGUUAGAAGGACUCAAGGAAACUGCUUACGCACUCCAGUAAGUUUCAGCCCAACUGACUAUUCAUUGAGCACAAGCAGCGGGAGCAGCAUUUUCACUCCAGAAUAUGAAGAUGGACGAAUGCGGAGAAGAGGAAGUGAUAUAGAAAAUCCUACCUUGACAGUAAUGGACAUCAGUCCUCCCAGCCGCUCCCCACGUGCUCCAACUAAUUGGGUACUUGGUAAACCGCUUGGCCAAGGUGCAUUUGGUAGAGUUUAUCUAUGCUAUGAUGCAGACACAGGACGAGAACUAGCUGUUAAACAAGUUGAGUUUGAUCCUGACAGCCCAGAGACCAGUAAGGAAGUAAAUGCCCUUGAAUGUGAGAUUCAGCUUCUGAAAAAUCUGCUACAUGAAAGAAUUGUUCAGUAUUAUGGCUGCUUAAGGGACCAUCCAGAAGGAACGCUUUCUAUAUUCAUGGAAUAUAUGCCAGGGGGCUCAAUUAAAGAUCAGUUGAAGGCAUAUGGUGCUCUCACAGAGAAUGUGACUCGGAAGUAUACUCGCCAGAUCCUGGAAGGAGUUCACUAUUUGCACAGUAACAUGAUUGUACAUAGAGAUAUUAAAGGAGCAAAUAUUCUUCGUGACUCUGCAGGCAAUGUUAAGUUGGGUGAUUUUGGUGCCAGCAAACGGCUUCAAACAAUUUGUUUAUCUGGUACGGGAAUGAAGUCUGCUACAGGAACUCCAUACUGGAUGAGUCCAGAAGUGAUUAGUGGGGAAGGAUACGGAAGAAAAGCAGAUAUUUGGAGUGUAGGCUGUACAGUUGUUGAAAUGCUCACUGAGAAGCCACCCUGGGCAGAAUUUGAAGCAAUGGCUGCCAUUUUUAAAAUUGCCACACAGCCAACCAAUCCCCAGCUGCCACCUCACGUCUCAGACCACGGUCGGGAUUUUCUAAAGCGGAUAUUUACUGAGGCUAAGUUGCGACCAUCUGCAGAUGAACUGCUGAGACAUACAUUUGCACAUUAUCACUGAUGGCCUGCCUCAAUCCCUCUCACCUACUGCAUUUUUUACUGCACUUUUUUUUAUACAGAGUUGAAAAAAGACAAGGGAGAAGUUAUUUCUCUUGAUUCUUUCUUUCAUAUAAAAUUGUUAAGAUCUCUCUGCAUAUUUAGAAUGCAGACUUUUUCCCAUUUAGAAUCUCCUUUGUUUCAGUAAUGUACUGAUGUGGUUUGCAUAAAGCACUUUAGUACAUAUUCAUUCCUUAUUUAAGGGGGUAAAGAAUUUAUUUGGACCAUCAGGAAUCAUGUAUAAGGUUUUCCCCAUCCCUAUUCCCUUGGCAAGCACUGCUAAUUAACUCCCAAGGCUGGGAAGGUAUACAUGUCACUAGCAGAUUUCAGAAAAACAGUAUAUAUCCAGUGGUUGCAGUGUAAAAAUAGAUAACAAAGAGCUCUCAAUUAUAUUUGAGCUUUGAAAUAAGUUUCAUCUGUGAUUCUGGAAAUUCAUUUAGAAGCUAGAAUCUCAGGUUGCUGAGCAAGGUACAUUUUGGAAAAUAAACCAUCAUAUUAGCACAAAAAUGUAAACAAAAUAAGUGUUUUCUGCUUUGAAGAUAAGAAGCCUGUUGUUUAAUAGUGCUAGUGCAUUAAUGUUGUCUAUCCAGAAUCAUAGAUAAACAGAUUGCUGUAGUAUCAGACUUCUCUAAAGUUAAACGUCCACAUAUCAUGCAACAAACUGAUUUUCAGGGUUGGAAACAGUUGAUCUGUGAGGAGUCUAAUGGGUAGAAUGAAGUUUAUUUUAUGCAACAUAAUUCUGCUCAUAUUAAUUAAGAAUAUGUUCCAUAUUCUUUCUUCUGUCCCAAAUAUUCUUCUGGUUCCCUAAAAUAUUUUAUAAGGUCCAGGGCUUUUUUCCCCCUCUACUGUGAGUUUUAUCAUAAAGUACUUAAGGUAGAAUGAGCAGGAGUGUCAAUAUAUAGUUUCUCUUUCUGUUGCUGCUGAACUGAAUUCUGUGUCUGAGAUGCAUAUUUUAUUUGUCGAACCACCUUUGCAUAAUCUGACUAACUUGCACUGGGUUGACUGUCUAGAAUUAACUUUGCAGGUUGCAAAUGCCUUAUUAAUUUGCAUUGGAAAAGCAAAUUUGGUAGAAUGAGAUCUGGAAGUUCCCAUAUGUAUCUAUACCAUAUAAUUCAGUUACAGCUGAAGAAGAAGGAAUACGUAAUACAGAUAGAAAAAAAAGACCUUUUCACUCCCAGUUGUUUUUUUAAAUUUAUUUAUUUAGAUGUUUUACUUUUGAUUUAAAUAAUAAUAAAGGAAUAAUUAGAUUUGGGAUUAUUAUUCCAAUUGUUUCAACCCAUAUUUGGACAUGUAUUAACAAUAGAAUUGUAGAAUGUAUGUUUGCUGACUGGCCCUUUAGGAUUGUCUAACAUCAAACAAUAAAAGUAACAGGAAAAUGGGAAAGAUGCUUCCAUUUUCCAGAAGUGGUAUUGUAAACAGUACUAUUAAUUGUUUCCUAGGCUUUCUGCAAAAUGUUCAAAGCAAGUCAAAUUAUAUGAAGGAAAAUAGAUACUGUAAUGAUGCUAUUAAACCUGACCAACAAUUACAUAUAAAACAUAAGUUACAUAAGUAUGAAUCAUAAAUUACAUAUACAAUAUAAAGGUACAUAUGUGAUUUAUGAUUCAUACUUACAUAAUGCUCCUGGCACCUUAAUCAUGACCUGGUAACCUGAGUUUACAAUCUUUAUUUAUUGUUAAAAUAAGUUCAGAUAGAUAAAGCCUGUACUUCUGGAAAGCAUCUCUUAGACAUGCUGAAGAGAAGUAGGCAGCCCUAAUCUAUAUAGUCUUUCCCCAACUAAAAUGUAAUUUCAACAGCAGAUCACCAAUAAAUAGAAAUGUAUUUUUUCCAUUUUUUAUAGAACUAGGGAAAUCUUUUAAUCUUAAUAUCCCAAAAUCAACAACCACCAAAGAAUUGUACAAAUAAUAAUCCUAGCGUUAUACAUUUUGGUGUUGUUGCUGCCCUGUUGAUUGCAGCAAUAAGCUGCAGCCAUUAAAUAUGGCUUUUGUUAUUGGAAGUUGACCAUAUGUUGUUAAGAAUACAUGGAACAUUGCUUACGCAUUAGUCUAUAGUUGUAAGAGAAUUUAAAUUGGAGAAGCAAAUGCGGCUUGAACAAAAUUUGAGCAAAUCUCUAAAUAAUACAACUUAUUAAUUGUUUUCUAAGGGUCUUAAUUAUUGACUUUUGAAAAUAACAGAAAUGUUUCUAUAAGGAGGUCAGGAUUAUUUUUCUAAAGGUGUGCUUAAAAUUUACGAUAGCAUGUAAAAAGGAAUCAUCAUUGUCAUGACUCCUUUCUUGUAACCCUUCAGUCUGUUAUGGUUCUGUAUAGAGCUGUGUUAUCCUACAUCUGAGUACAGGCUAUAUUUUCCUGGUCCCUGUAAGGAAGCACUGUAAGAUUCUGAAUUUGCUAAACUGCCAUCAAGCUAUAGCUAUGCAAAUUAUGUAAAACGUGAACAUGUGCAUCAUUUGGUCCCGAGUAGAUUAAAAGGAGAGACCACAAGAGAAGUCCUCCUCCCACAUUUAUCAAGGUGUAUAUGUAUAUUUAAUAGUUUUAUCAAAAUUCUGUGCUCUGCUCAAUUAACAGGGCUUUGAAAUGUUUAAAAUCUAGCAGUCAGACAAUCAUUGCAGCCUCUGAGUGACCUCUGACAGCACUGUUGCACCAGUUCAAAAUUGUUGAAUGAAAAUAUUUGCUCGUGUAGACUUAUUUUGAAGACCAGUUUUAAUGAACCUUCCACUUAUUUUAGAAGGUAGUAUCUAAAGCAACAAUCCUAAAUGCAUUAAGGAAUAAGUUACACUGAAUGCAGUGAUAUUUUUUUCUUUUUAGCAAAUAUGCAUAGGAUUAAGCUGUUGGAUUUUUUUUUCUCCAAAUCUGAAGCAGAGCCUUAAAUUAUUUUUUGCAAGGAGACAGGAAUUAAACUCCGUCUAGAAAUUUCUAGCUUAAAUGGCAACACUAAUCAGCUAUACAUUUAAACAAAUUUACAAAGUCCUGUUUCAGCUGUAAAACAUGAACUUGAUACUGUUGGAAUAGAAUCACUGGCUGCCUCUCCUUGCUCUUUUACUUCAUAAAUAACAGCCUGUUUAUGGUGCUUUUCUGCUAUAAUUUAAUCUCUCUUGGAUCAGCUUUAUCCCACCAUGCCUUUUUGGAGUUUAGAAGUUUAGAGCAAUGAGUUCUUAAAAUUAUACUAGGACAGUGAGGGCGAUAGGCUCGGCAUGCCAAAAAUUCAGAAAAUGCUAACAUUGACUUUGCUGGCAUGUCACAUCCCCCCCCCCCAGUCAGAGAGGCCUGUCUUGACUCCCCUCUAGAUUCUCCUCAUUCUGUGGAAGACACAUAAGAGAGCCCUGCUCUUGGAGGGUCUCUGAAGCCUCAGAAAAGUCACCCAGAGCAUUCUUGUGUGAUUUUCUGAGGCUCCAGAGGCCUUCCAAGAGGAGAGUCUUCUUAUGCAACUCCUAGAGGGUCUGGAGGCCUGAUGUAUCACCAAAAAUGACAUGGCAUGUCAUAGGCUGAUUAUCAACAGGUCUGAUGUUUACGUGAUGUAUGAUACUGUGGUAACAACUGGGACAGAGGGUAAAUAUGAUUAUGUAGAAAGUGUUGACUUUCUUCUUGUCCCUGAUUUGGGGUGUGAAAUAUGUUUUUUAUACAAAAUAGUAAGUGCUCCAACUGAACUUUGGAAAAGGAUUGUUUCUUUUGUCAAUUUAUUAAACAAAUGCAUAAGAAUAGCUCAUGAAUUUGUGAAUCCCCAAAGAGAGAAGUAAUGUGAAAUUUGCAAAAUUCUACAGCUCUAAAAUGUUUAAAAGUAAUAAGGUCCUUAAAAUGGCUAUAAUUCUAUGGAGUAGACAGGUACGAGACCACUCAGUAUUAUGUGGAGUAAAAAAAAGAUAUUAGAUGGCUUAAAUUCAUGCAGAACAAGAUAUGUAAGAGGCAAUACUUUUUGCUAAUAAAUUAGAAAAAACCCAGAAAUUUAGGCAAUUAGAAUUUAAUAUAUUCUGAACAGGAAUAAUUUUGUGAUCAAGUUGUUCAAAUAUGGAUGAGUGUAGGAGUUGCUUUAGGUAAACAAAAUGGCGAUACAAUAGCCCUUUGCCUUUCUAAAGUUAUGUGCAAUUUAAAAUAUAAUCCUUAUCAAAAUACCUGAGUUAUAAGAUUUAUUUUGCUGUGUAUAUUUUACAUAUAAUUUCUAUACAGAACAAUAUUACAAUGACCCUAAACCUAUAUUUUAAGUGUGUUUAUAUUUGAAGUAGCAUGGGAUAUUUCUAUCCAUGCUAUUUUUUUAUUCUAGGGAGCUAAAGAUACACUAGGGACCCAUAAAAUGCAGGUGACAUUUCCAUUUUAUUUUGUGCUUUGUUUAAACAUUUGCAUAACUUUAGUCUCAGUACUUCUAUUACCAAAAGGUAAUAAUGUGAUCUCAAAGAUAAUGUCUAGUGCAGGUUAAGAAUUAGAAAAUCUUGUAAUGUCCAAAGAAGUAUCUUGGAAGUAGGCAGAGUCCAAAAUUGUAGAUAACUUGCCCAGAUUGCAGGGCACUUUGUGCUGCUCACAUCCAUAGUGUGGCUGAGGGAGAAAGAGAGAGAGAGAAAAAAUGCCAGCAGAGUAAGAAUGACAGCUGUGCCUUCUUUUAAUAUUGUGUUUUGUCUUGACAAUGACAAUAUAAAAGUGCUUCAGAAAAAAGAUAGAUAUAAAGAGGAUUCCUAAACACUUCUAAUACCAGCUGUAGUGGAGGGAGGUAGCUCAGUUACUAAUGGUUUACCCUUAAACCACAAGGGUCAGUUUCCAGCAAUUUAGCGUGUAGUUAUUGAAGUACACACCCAGUUUUUGGUAUGAAUUUGUAAUUAAAAGUUUACAAAACAAAACAAAAAGCAGAGUAAUUGACAGCAAGCUUGCUAUUACAAUUCAAGCCAAAUUUUGAUCAUUUUCAUUACAUUUUCCUUGGACUUCCAACAAAUGAGGCUGGGGACAGUUUAUGUGAUUAUAGGCAAAAGUCUCCUAACUAGAAACUUUUAAUAAGUAUAUCAAUGUAGCUAGAAAGAAAACACUAAUAUAAAAAUACUUACGUUUCUGAAUAUCUAACGUGAUAUUUAGAAUCCUUCAAAGUUUGCCAAUACAAAUUGUGUCUGUUUGCAGUGAUUUGUAAGCUAUUAUUUUUUAGUCUUAGAAUUUCAAAAGUAUAAACAUAUAUAAGAUCAUGAAACAAAAGCUUGCAAAUGACUGCUUUCUCAUAAAUAUUAUUAAAUAAUAUUUCAAAGUCUAUAUAUUCUUUAUAUUAUUAAAAUGAUUAUGAGAAAAUGGUAUGGGAAUAUGUUAUGUUCAAAUAAUUAUUCUAAAAUGAAACUGGAAACACUAAAGGGAAAGUUUGAUAUCCCUCAGAGCUGAGUAGACAUAAGCUACAUAUAGCACAUAAUCAUGUCUUUAUUUGUCUUAAAAAUGAAAAAAAAUGUGUAGCUGGCUUUUCUGCUACAUGAAAAAUAAUUCAGUAUAUUAUUUUUCAGCCCAUUUGUGCAAGUUUUAAUAUGUGUCCAACUGCAUUAGAAAUCAUUUUUGAAACUGCAGAUGGUUCAAACCCAGGUGUGAAGCAUAACUAAAAUUCAGAAAGAAAAAUGCAGGGUCAUACUUAGAUGCUAUAUCUCUGGGUAUAAUCCUGAAUAGUUGUGCCAAUCAUAAAUCCAAACAUUCAUUUCUUUCUUUCCAUGUAUGACAUGGGGCACCCAUCAAAGGUAGUUCUUGGAGCACUAGCUUCCUAGCAGCCAUAGAUACACAUAGCACGUAACAAGCAUUUUUCUAAACCACAAAUUAAAUUAAGCGUUUUAAUGUGGUGAAUUUAUUUGUAUUUUACAUCUUGAAGCCUGAUAUUUUUCAUGAAUUUGAAAGUGACAGGGAGGCUUGGCAUGAAGUCUGACCAGUACCUUCAGAUAUAUAGGAUUUAGAUUAAGAAAAUAGAUGUUUUGAUAAAUUAGAAAGCCUAAAAUCUUUAAAAAAAAGAUCAUGAUGAUCUCCCUGAUGAAAUUUUAAUUUUUAGAAUAAGCUUUACUCCUUAAUUUUUAAGAAGUAUGGAUUACACACGUUGGAUUAAAAUGUUCUUGUUAUACUAACAAAGCAUUCAAAGACAUCUGAGUGCCUUUAUCUUUAUGCCUUAAGUUUAUUUUCUUAGCACAUUGAUUACAGAAAAGGUUCAAAUCAUAUAGGACCACUUACUAAGUAGCAUAAUAAAUUUUCCCUUUCCCUUUUAAAUUAAUUAGGGAGUAUUUGCAACAAUAAUUUUUAUCAGAGUUAUAACUAUAUAUAGACUUGCAAGUCUUGCUUUUAAAAAUACUGAUAGUAUGUUAAACCUUUAUCCAACCAAGUAUGUUAUUAGUUUUAAACUAAGCUGUUAAAAAUAUUCCAAGUUCACUAAUUUCAAAUAGAGAUGUUAAUAGCACUUAAACUUAGAUAUGAUUGUAUUCUUUAUUCUUAACCCUAGAACUGGUAAAUUCUGCAAUAAGGGAGUUCUACGUACAUGCAGAUUAUUUAAUUCUAGAAUAAUCAGCAGCUCAAGUGAACUGAGAAUGAUUUUAGUGGUGCUUUCUUUUAAGAAAGUAUUUGCUUAAAGCAAGCGACAGUAUUGGUUUUGAAUAGGAAAAUCAGAUGUGAUUUCAAAUAAAGUACCGUAUAUACUCGAGUAUAAGCCGAGUUUUUCAGCACAUUUUUUGUGCUGAAAAACGUCCCCUCGGCUUAUACUCGGGUCUAUACGGCUUAUACUCAAGUUUUUUUUUUUUUUUUAAGCCCCUCGGCUUAUACUCGAGUAUAUACGGCUUAUACUCGAGUUUUGUUUUUUUUUUUUUCCACAUUUUACCGGACUGAAGCCCUGCCGGUGCAGUGAGAGGGCGGGGCGGGGGAGCCGCCAGCCUUCUCAGCUGAGGGAGGGAGGGUUUCCCCAACCGGUAGGUGCCUCAUUUCCCACCCUCGGCUUAUACUCGAGUCCCCAGUUUACCCCAGUUUUUGGGGUAAAAUUGGGGACCUCGGCUUAUACUCGGAUCGGCUUAUAUUCGAGUAUAUACGGUAUUUGUAUUCUAUUAAUGCCAUGUAGCUUUAAUAAGGACAAAUCUUGUUCCUCCCAUUGUCCAGAUUCAGUGUAGAAUUCAGUAAUUUUCAGUAACUUUCAACCAACUUCAGUAACUUUCAACCAACUUUGCAGUAGUGUCUGACAUUUAAGAAAAUUGGUCAAAAAAAUUCUAAUAUAUUUGAUUUUUUUUUUUAAAAAUGAAAUUUAUUGAACCUAUAGAGAAGUACAGACUUUUAUGCUUGAAUGUAUAUCUCUAAGGUGAGAGGUUUUUUAAGCAAAGGUAUUACCGUCAACAUACCAGUACAGGUUUGUUUGUGUACUUAUUAUGUAUAUGUUAGCAAAUUACUGAAAACCAAAGCUUUUAUACUCCUUAGGUACAGCCAAAAGCACUAUUUAUCUAGUUUAGUGGCUGUUAGCAACUUUCCUUGAUUUCUAAGUUGUGCUGGAUAUAUUUAUUAUUAUGGCUCUCCCAGCACAGAUGUAAUCCAAGUGGCUCCUUGAGCAGUAAUAUCCUACAAUUAUACCCACCAUGCUUUUGGAUAUUUAAAUGUGUUCUGGGGUCAUAAAAUGCAGUCUUUUUGGAAUCAAAGCCUUACGAUCCCGGGUACUACUCUAUACUAUUUUGGGAGCUAGUUCAGUGUAAAAUAUGUAGAUUCCAAUUGAAACGAGAGGGGGGGGGAGAGAGAGAGAGAGACAGAGACGAUCGGGUACAGAAAGUAAAGUAGAUAUAGCCCUUAAGGGAAAAUGAAGGUACUUAUCCAAAAUCUAGCUUUAUGUGGAAAGUAGAAAAAUUAGCUCAGAAUGAAAAAUGCUGCAGUUACAAUAUAGACUAAAAUUUCAUCUGAAGCCUUUUCAAAAGUAAAGAAAUAUUUUUAAUGAAUUUAAACAUUGGCUUAAAUAUAUUGUAUUUGUCAUUGGCCUUUGAACUGUGGAGUUAUAUUUUAUAAUGGAUAUAUUGAGUAUAUCCUAAAUAUACCCACUAGGUUAGAUUGUACUUGCGGAUGAUAUAUAGGCCCAAUCAGAACAAUCAUUGGUUUCAUUAACUCUCUAGGGCAAUUUAUUCUCAUAUCCAUUAUAUUAAUCAGACCUUUGGACAUAUUCUGUAGCAGAUAAUGAAGACCAUUACUAUUUGGAAGGUAUAUUUGAAAUGGUGCAAUAUUCACACAGCUGUGAUCACGCCGAUUCCCCUUUGAUCGUGUGAAAAUAGUCAUACGGCUGCAGAGAAAUGUGCACCUGGCAAAUGAUCCUGUAUAUAAGCACAGCAACUCUAUUUUAAUUAUUAUAAUUACAAAAUGAAAUGGAAAUGUUGCAGUCUAUAUCAACCAUGAAAUUGAGCAUUUGGCUUAUACAGAAGGAAUUUUGAAUGCAAGUAUCUGCCAAACAAGUGUGUUAAUUAUAAUGAUUUUCCAAAUUUUUCAGUCUUAAAUUGGAAAACAAAUUCUUCUUAGUGAAAAAAAUCUAAUAAGCAGUCCUUAUACCAUUUUUAACAUACAGUACGCUGCCUUAGAAAAGAAGGAAGAUUUUUUUUUAUUAUCUAUGAGGAUAAUUAUCUAAACUUCAGCAUCUUUUAUAAGAGAGGCUGGAGGCAGGUUCUUUUGUCAGGCUGUACAAUGUAAAGUCAGUGACUGCUUUGACUAUAUUAUGCCAUUCUUAAUAGAUGGAUAGUAGAUGAAACCAAAUGGAAAUUUUAAAAAUCCCAUAUAGAACAGUAUUUUGUCACAGCUCAAGAGAACAUAUCUUGACAACUUGAUAGCGGAUUCACAAACUUUGUAAACAUGAAAAAGUAGGAUUGUAUUUCAUUUGUAUGUGUGUAGCUCCUAAAAGGGACGCGAUGGCUCAGGGGCUAGGACGUUGAGCUUGUCGAUCGAAAGGUCGGCAGCUCAGCGGUUUGAAACCCUAGUGCUGCUGUGUAACAGGGUGAGCUCCUGUUUCUUGUCCCAGCUUCUGCCAACCUAGCAGUUUCGAAAGCACGUAAAAAUGCAAGUAGAUAAAAUAGGGACCACCUUUGGUGGGAAGGUAACAGCCUUCCGUACGCCUUUGGCGUUGAGUCAUGCUGGCCACAUGACCACGGAGACGUCUUCGGACAGCACUGGCUCUUUUGCUUUGAAAUGGAGAUGAGCAUCGCCCCCUAGGGUCGGCAACGACUAGCACGUAUGUGCGAGGGGAACCUUUACCUUUACUUAUCUUUUAGCUCCUAAAAUCGAUGACACAUUGAAGGCAAAAUCCCAAUGAAAUCUCAAUUUAGGACAGAAGCUUGCUUUUAUUGUUAAUUUGGGUUUAACAAUGUGCAUAAUAUGUGAUUAUUGCUGUGGCAAGGAAUGUGAAAUGACUUGAAAUUAAAUGUAUUUCUUUGAGAGGAACAAAAAGACUGAUCCAUAGACAUGGGGAGAUUAUGCCAAGAUUCCUGCAUGGGGAGGGAGUUGGCUUAAAUGGUCUCCAAGGUCUCAUCCUCUUUUUUGUAAUCUGAUUUCUUUCUCCAUUAACAUUUUACCAUAUUCUAUCUGACCUUGUUCUUGAGAAGUCCCUGAUUUGAAGGUAUAUUUUUGAGGGGACACAAGGGCUGCAGCAUAAGAAAGUGGGAAUGUCUUCCUUUGUGAACAGAGGUGUCUGAUUGACCUGAUAAAUAUACCAGGCAUAAAAGGUCAAAUUGUAGGAAUUUACAAUAAGUAGAGAAUAUUGGCCUAGCAUCAAAGUCCUUUUAAAAUUAUACAGGGUAAAUGUUAAAGUUUUCAUUCAAGUACUUUAUAUUUUUCAUUUGGAUUGUUUUUGGCCAUUACUUUAUUUAUUUUGCUAAUUUUAAAUUUUGCUACAUUCUGCCUAGAAAAUAUUUAUUCUAAAAGACAAUUUAUCUUUAAAAAUGAACUAUGUAUUUUGUUUCUUGUUCUGCCCCUUUCCCUCCUGUGAGUGGGCAUUACACAUUAAGCUAGAUUAAAUGGGUUAGAGAUGGAUUGUAGUUUCCAUCUAAGUAUUUCUGUACUAUCUUUUCCCCUCGGUAUAAAUAAUCAAAUAUUAUUACAUUCUGAAAAUAAGUUUACAGCUUAAGGGGAAAAGGAGACUUAGUAUAAUGAGCCAAAGUAUUCCUUGUGCCAUAGCAAAUUAAAACAUUGCACAUACUCAGUCUCAUCAUUCCGAACAAUUUAGAGUCAUAGUCUCUUUGGUGUCUUAGGACAAUGAAUAUUAAAAACAGGCAAGCAAGUGAGCAAACCUGAGAUUUCAGAGCUCCUGGAAUCUUAGCAGCAUUUUUAUCUUGAAAGUGCAAACUUUUCAUAUCUCAAACGAGAAUGUACAUAGCAAACCUAUUACAUUCCUUUGGGAAUAGGUGGGGAAUUAUAUAAAUGCUCUCUAGUACAGUUUUUUGUUUGUUUCUCCCCUUAAACACAAACACACAAAAACUAAUAAUUUUUCCAACGGUGUUUCAUUGUGACAUAUUCAAACUUAAAUGAUUGACUUACAAGGGAGAAGUGGUUUAUAUUACUGGGUGUUAACAAUCUGCAAUGGGGGACAAUUAGAAUUACUUUCCUACAAAGUUUACUGGGUCUGUAUUUUGAGAAACCUCAGAAAUGAAGUAAUGUCAAUAAUGGGAAUAUUCAGAGUUAACGUGUUUAGAAUUAUUCAAUUUUAUUAACUUCACAUACCAUCUAUCCCCAUGCAACCCCACACAUGUAUGCACAUGUGCACCCAACAGGCACAUAAUCAGUUUUUUAAAAUAUAUAAUGCUUUCUUUUGGAACAGGGUCUAAAAGCUCAAUUUCACGUUGCUUGCUUUUUCUAUGAUUGUUUUGCUAAUAUCACCAGUUUAAAACUUGAUACUUUUAACUGUAAAAAAGAAAUAGAUUACCACAAUUAUGAUACGUUCAUACUGUCAUACCUCUAGCAAGUGUCACUAUAUAUGAGGAAGUCAGUGGCAGACUCAUUUUUCAAAAAGCUAUGAAUAAUAAUAUAUAAAUCUUAUCCUUUUGAUCUAAUGUACAUUUUUAUGCAGCUGUCAAAUUCUCUAUUUAAUCCCUUUAUUUCUCUAAAUGUUUUUACUCUCUGUUUGAAUGCUGGGCACAGUUUGUAACGUAAUACACAAUGGUAUUUUUUUCUAUCGAUGUUGACUCUUUUGCACAUUUUUUGAAAAUGUUUAAUUUGUACACUGAUUUAAUACUCUGACCAACUGUUAUAGAGUGUAUGCAAAAAAUGUAUGUGUGCAAUGUACUACUGUCUUGAAUGUAUGAGGAUUUUCUAAUUCAGUAUAAAUGUAUGUCAACUUCUGGCUUUAUCUUGGUUGAGGAACUCAGGACAUUAACGUUGCUUACUAGUUGUAAAUUGUAAAUCUAAUCCAACAACUUGGUUGCAUCUAAGCAGUUUAUUCUCUCUUUUUUCCACACAUGCACGCACACCCACAUGCACACAAAUCAUUCCAUUUGUGAACAAGGAUUUUCCAGCUCACUUCAUACUGUUGGAAUAUACCAAUCAAAUAUUGGCAAUAGAUUGCAACAUAAUUGGUUUAAAAUAGCAGUUAACUGAGUUUUCUCUUUCCUGUCUUUAAUGUAAGUCUUUUCACAUUCAGUUUUGAGUAUUUGACCAUUAUUUGAGUGGAAAAUUGGCCAAAUGCCAAAUUGUUUCACUUAUGUGUGAUGAGAAUGCAUGCAAACUUUUCAGAAAUAUGAAGCAACUAAGAAACACUGCUUGCAUGAAACUUCAUGCACUCAUCAAAGCCUCGGUAAACUUUGGGUUGUGGCAAAGAUGUCUAACUUUCAAAAAUAAGGUAUACAAAAAUGCCUUCAAUGUACUGUGUUUUCUCUUUCCAACAGACUCCACAGAUUCAUUUCUACAUUUUUAAAUAAUUUUUUUAAAGGUACUGCAUUUAGUUAGAUAAAUAUAUAAAAGCUUUGAAAGAUAAUUUACUAGAUAAAUAUAUUUUCAGCUGGCUGAUGUUCAGAAAAUAUUUUUUUAAUUUUUGUUUUUAACCAUUCAAAAUGUAUUUGUAUUUCCAGAAUUGGACAUGAAUUGUAUAUUAAAACACUCUGGCUGGACAAUGGUUUGGUUUGUCUUGUAAGGAUUGUAUCUCUCUCUCUCUCUCUCUCUCUCUCUUUCUCUUUUUUCCAAAAAAACCCCUGAAAAGUGUUUCCUUGAUACAGAGAAUAGUAAUGCUGCUCUGCAAAGCUGAAAGCAAUCUUUGAAUUUAUAGCUGCUUGAAAAAAUUGAGACACAUAACCAGUCUUAGAAAAGUCAGAUGAUGUUUUUAUUGCCUGUUCCCUUUUGUUACAAUGAAUGUUAUGUCUCCCUCUGGACCUUAAAUCUUUCCUUGUUUUCUGGUACUGGGAAAAUUAAAGCAUAUUGAGGGUACUAGCAGAAUACCAAUGUUUAAAUUUAAGUUGACAACCUAGUUUGAAAGAAUCUUUAUUAAUGAUUAAGACGUACCAACUAUAAGGUUGGGAAAUAGAGCACUGGGGAUCUCAAGAAUCGACAUAAAACUGGUAUUCUUUUUUUUAAAGAGUGUACUAAUGGCCUGGUAUGGUGUGGUUUGUUCCAUUGUUCAUGCACAUUAGGACUUUGUUGUAGUGCUUGUACAAAAUGUAUAAUUUUUUAUUUUUUUUUAAAGUAUGUAUUUAUCCAUUAUUUUCCUGCUGGUAAAUGGCUUUUUAUUUUAUUUUGGGGUCUUUAUCAAAUAUAAAGUAAGCCAUGCUUUUAUUAUCUUGUGUUUGACCAAAUGACUUUGUUUUAUGAAAUGUGUAUAUUGCUGGUACACAUCUUCGUUCAGAACGAUUGUGCAUGACGACCUGCAAGAAUUAAUACAAGAAAGAUUUUUUUUCCUUCCAUGUUAUUUCAUUCUGGAAAGGUUAUGGUGCAAAGGUAUACUGGAUGUAACCUUAUGAGCUUAUGGAAUGACUAUAGAUAAUGGCACUUUUAAGUGUUAAUAAAACAAAUAUUUAUUUCCAA